AAAUGCUGUCACACUUCCAUCUUCUCUCUCUCAAGUCGCCCCUCUCGCUCUCUUCCCCUCUCCGCCCGCUCUCGCUCUCUUCUCUCGCCUCCAAAUCCCGCCGCCUCCGCUCCCCGUUCGGUCCUCCUCCCAGGUGGUUCUCCGUCGCAUGCGACGCUAGGCCGGGCGGCGUUUCCAUGGAGCCCCCCUCGCCGGAAGCUGAGGCGGCUUCCCCCGCCCCCUCCGCCUCCUCAGCCGCCGCCGUCGAGUCCGUGACGCGCGAUUUGCGGGAUCAGAGCUUGGAGGAUAAGGAUAGGAAGAGGGGGCUGAAGCUCGAGGAUCUGACUUGGGACCACUCCUUCGUCAGGGAGUUGCCUGGGGAUACGAGGACCGACGCGUUUCCGCGAGAGGUAAUGCAUGCUUGCUAUACAAAAGUAUCUCCUUCGGCUGAAGUAGAAAAUCCUCAACUUGUAGCAUGGUCAGACUUGGUUGCUGAAGCGCUUGAUUUGGAUCCUGAGGAAUUUCAAAGACCAGACUUUCCACUUCUGUUCUCUGGUGCAGCCCUUUUGGUGGGAGCUUUACCUUAUGCUCAGUGUUAUGGAGGCCAUCAAUUUGGCAUGUGGGCAGGUCAGUUGGGUGAUGGUAGGGCAAUAACUCUCGGGGAGAUUGUUAAUUCAAGAUCACAAAGGUGGGAGCUGCAGCUGAAAGGUUCUGGCAGGACCCCUUACAGUCGGUUUGCUGAUGGACUCGCAGUUUUGCGUAGCAGCAUCAGAGAGUUCCUUUGCAGUGAAGCAAUGCACAGUCUGGGAAUUCCCACGACCCGUGCACUCUGUCUUGUGACAACUGGGAAAUUAGUUACUCGAGACAUGUUUUAUGAUGGAAAUCCGAAGGACGAACCUGGUGCAAUUGUUUGCAGAGUCGCUCAAUCCUUUUUGCGCUUUGGUUCUUAUCAAAUACAUGCUUCGAGAGGAAAAGAGGACCUUGGCAUUGUUCGCGCUUUGGCUGACUAUGCUAUAAGACAUCACUUCCCACAUAUAGAAAACAUGAGUAGAAGUGAAAGCUUGUCUUUCAGCACAGGCAAUGAUGAUCAGACAGUUGUGGAUCUGACCUCAAACAAAUAUGCAGCUUGGGCAGUGGACAUCGCUGAACGUACUGCUUCCUUGAUCGCGAGAUGGCAGGGUGUUGGUUUCACUCAUGGUGUACUGAACACAGACAACAUGAGCAUUUUGGGGCUCACCAUUGAUUAUGGUCCCUUUGGAUUUCUGGAUGCAUUCGAUCCAAGUUACACACCCAAUACCACAGAUCUUCCAGGGCGAAGAUACUGUUUCGCGAAUCAGCCUGAUAUUGGUUUAUGGAAUAUCGCGCAGUUUGUCUCAACUCUCUCAUCUGCUGAACUGAUUAAUGACAAGGAGGCAAACUAUGCCAUGGAAAGAUAUGGGACCAAAUUUAUGGAUGAAUAUCAAGGCAUAAUGACCAGAAAACUUGGCCUUCCCAAGUACAAUAAACAGUUAAUUGGCAAACUUCUUAAUAAUAUGGCCGUUGAUAAAGUGGACUACACAAAUUUCUUUCGGGCACUUGCAAAUAUCAAAGCCGAUCUUAGCAUUCCAGAGGAUGAGUUACUGGUUCCACUGAAGGCUGUUCUACUCGAUAUCGGGAAGGAGCGGAAGGAGGCAUGGAUCAGCUGGGUGAAAAUAUACAUACAGGAGCUGGUCAAUAGCGAGGUGUCCGAUGAAGAGAGAAAGACUGCUAUGAAUUCAGUGAACCCCAAGUAUGUCCUUCGGAACUAUCUUUGCCAGAGUGCAAUUGACACCGCCGAACUGGGUGAUUUCGGAGAGGUCCGGAGGCUGCUUAAGCUUAUGCAGAGACCCUAUGAUGAGCAGCCAGGCAUGGAGAAAUAUGCUCGCCUUCCCCCAGCUUGGGCAUAUCGGCCUGGCGUUUGCAUGCUCUCUUGUUCUUCAUGAGUCAGUGCUGACUUGUCACGAGAUAUUCAAGUACCAGAUGCGGAGUAUUUCCUGUUGUAUAUAAGUACAGUCGAGUCAGAUUUGUUUUUGCAGCUGCAGAAAAGUAUGUGCCAUAGCCAUUCCCUGGUUUUUCGUUUGUUGACGAUCGGGAUUGGUUUAUAUAGUUGGAGAUAUCUCCUUGUUAUUCAUUUCUUUAAUGUUGUAUCAGGCUUUGCCGCAACUACUAACAGCUUGUCUACAAAAUUGCUGGAAGAAAAAGAAAAUGUAUCCAACUUUGGGCUCUCGAUUUUUUU